CAGCGUUCAAUCUCACUGCCUUCUUUGUGUUUGUGGUUGGUGUUAUCUGAGCACGCAACGCCUUGCUCACCCUGGGGCGUUCAUAAGCCAAAUAAUUUGUUUUCCGCGACGCAGCAGAACUGUUGUACCAUGUCUGUAGGACUGGAGCCCGGUUUCUCCAACGACGAGGUGCUGAGCCUGCGUUACCCGCUUCAUCGCGCGUGCAGGGAUGGAGACGUCGGCGCGCUGUGCUCUCUGCUCCAGCGCUCCUCUAACCAGGCGGACCUGGCUGCCGAGGACUCGUUUUACGGCUGGACCCCUAUUCACUGGGCAGCACACUUCGGGAAGCUGGAGUGUGUUAUGAGGCUGGUGCAGGUGGGAUGUGAAGUGAAUUCAUUGACCACACGGUUUGCCCAGACCCCGGCUCACAUUGCUGCAUUUGGAGGACAUCCAGAAUGCCUGCUGUGGCUCUUACACACAGGGGCUGAAAUAAACAGACAGAGUUGA